AUGGCUCACCUCUACCUGCUGAUCUGCAUGCUGGCCUGUCAUUGUCCGUCAGGGCUGUUUGAUUGGCUAAAGGGAGGGUCGGCACCUAAAGCAGCAGCAGCAGCAGCACCACCUCCUCCACCUGAAGCAGCAGAAGUCCCAGCACAGUUUGAGAUGGUAACUGCAGAUGAGAGGUUUUUGGCUGAAGCAAAGCAGAUGGAGAUCAGCCCGCUAGACGGCUGCCACUACAAGGUUGUUGCCCGGCUGAAGGCGAGCUGUGAAAACCUCCCAGAGGAACAACUCGCCAAACUUGGAGUGGUUUUGUUUAACUGCCAGGCAGAGGCUGAGGGGCGUUGCACCUUCCCAUGUACAGAGGAAAUGACGAUAAAAGAGUGUACAGCAGACAUGGAUUCAGACACAUGGAAUGCGUACCACAUAGUGAGCAACAGAGCGCGCUCCGUCUGCUACGCCAUGCGCCAGCAGCUGUUCCGGCGCAGAGCAGAGCACACCGUCAAUGCUCUCAUCUCCACGGCUACCAGCCAACUGGAUGCAAUGAAGGACCUGAAGGAGGGCCAGCUGGAGCUGAAGGAGCUGACUGCAGCAUCCCUGGACAAGGUGCUGGACGGUCACAGCGCCCUGCAGGCCCAGCAGGGGAAACUGUUCGAGGGCCAGGGCCAAAUGGAGAGCUCACUGAAGGACAACCUGGAGCGGCUGGGCCAGGAGAAAGCCCUCAUCGCCUCUGGACAGGAACUGGUAGCCCAGCUCAUUCAGGGCAUUACGAAGAAGAUGGAGAAUGUGAGUGAGCAUCUGCACCAAGGCUCGGAUGUGCAGGACAGCCACAAGGCAAUUGUUAAAGACCUCGCAGCCGUCAGGCACCAAGCUCAGGACAUCCACCAAAAAAUUGACCACAGCGUGUCGGAGUUCCUGCAGUACCAGGACCAGACCUCUCAGUACUACACCGACCUGAUGAAGAAACUGGAGCACAUGAACGGCACCCUGGGAGCCACGCUGCACUUCCUGGACAAAAUGCAGAGCCGCAUCGAGGAGAGGCUUCACAUGAUCCAGAGCUACCUUUGCUGGGCAGGUUUGAGUCUGACAGCCAUGUGGACAUGUAUCGCACAUGCGAGCUACUUCCUCCUGUCUGCUGUCCUGCUGACGUUCCUGCAUUGUCCCGGUUUCUCCCGAGCCAUGCUGCUACUCACCGUGCCUCUUAAUGCAGUCUGCGAGAUGAACCAGCAGCCGGCGCUGGAUCUCACCGGCCUCAGCCUGCUGCUGCUCCUCCUCUGCCUGGGUCACUGGUUUUUAAGCAAGGCGUGCUUCCAGAUUAGAGGAAAGCCAGCGACCCCGCUUGCCAUUGAAGAGCCCCUGAAACCAGAUCCAACCUGCGACUCAUAUCCAACGUCCUCCACCCCACAGAAAAAUGAAUCUUAUGGUUUCAUGGCAAAAGACGACCUGUUGAAUCAGGAAAGCUUCAUAUCAGGUAACUUUGGGGUAGCAGCAGUGUCCCCCCCUCCCAGGAGGAAGAUGCCAGAGUCCAGGUUUACUCCGAUCAUUGGGACACCAAAUUACUCCACCCCCAGGCUCGGGCCACAGCCACUUUUUUCAGCGGCUUUGUUUGCUGAUAACCCCCCAAGGAGCUUGGGAUGUUUUAAUGAUUCAGGGAACAUCUCACGAGGUGCGAGUCCGACCCCGUCACCAAACAGCUCUCUAUCAGGCCGUCAGCUGUGCAAUGGAGUCACAAAAACAGGGAAGGCCUGUAAGAAGAGAGCCGUGCCGGAACAGGAGUACUGCGGGGUCCACAGAGGGGGGUACACCUCCUAUGUUGCUAAAUGAGCACGCCUUUUUCUUUUUAAGACUACAAAGUUUUUUAAAUGUAUUUUAUUGCCUUAUUUUUAACUGUUCUACGGUUAUUGUGAUGUCAUUGUAAGUUCUGCCUGCGGUUCAGUUUUCACUUAAUAAAUUAUUUCUUUACAUAUAAA